GGGUGUGGCUUGUUAGAAUGAACUGAGUUCCACUGCUGGAUGUAACAAGAGAAUGUUAAUUGCUUAAACAAGCCUCACCACCACAGACACAUAAUGGAUCUGAGGAUUUUAGCUCUACUUGUUCUUUUUAGUGCAGUUGGGAUAACAGAAGCUUCGCUGGCCAGUUGCUGUAGUCAAACUGGGACAAGUAUCCCCAUGAGGCUGUUAAAAAAAAUUAACAAGUUUGACAUACAGAAAAGCGAUGGAAUCUGUGACAUCAAAGCUGUUAUUCUGCACUAUCGAAGGAAGAAAUUCUGUGCAGACCCAGAAAACAGCACUCUAAAGAAGUGGAUCAGACACAAGUCUGGAAGAGUAAACCGAAAGCACCGUCGUGGAAUGAAAAACAGAAGGAGAAAUGGAAAAAGAAAACUAGAAGCCACAUUCUACUGAGAUUAGAAGCAAUAUUGAAAUGCUUACCCAACUUAACCUAAAGAAAAGUAGGAUGGGUUACAUUUGAUAUUUUAAAAUUUCCAUGGUUACUAAGCCAAUGUGCAGUGUCUUUACAGCUUCACAAGGUUUGGGCAUUUGUAAUAUAAGGAUCUGUUCACAAAGCUUUAAAUAGAGUCAUUUAAAGAAGCCUGCUUGAAUGGAUUUAAUUAAGUUUACUAUGCACAAAACUGUUCUAGAGUGGUCAAACAAUUUACGAAAAUGUAUUUCCCAUUAAAAUAGAAUUUAAAUAACUAGGAUAUAUUCACAAAAUUGUUUUUUUUAUCCAUUUUGAUCAUACAAUCAAGAUUGAAGUUUGCAUUUCCAUCUGUUUAUAGUUUAUUUUCAUUUUCUUUUAAACUGUGUAACUCCAGAUCAUGUUUGUAUACUCUUUAAAAACAUUUCUUAAAACUUUUGUGAAUAGGGCCUACUGGACUGUUAAAUGUAAUAUUCUUAAUGAGGAAGUGUUUUAAACUUGGGAAGUCAAAUAAAGUGUAUUAAUGAA